AUGAGCAGACCGCCAGGGAGUUUUCAACGACCUCAUGAGUCUGAUAGAGGGCGCACAAUUGAGCGAAGUUCCAGAUGGGGCCCUGAAACUAAAGUGAAUGGUAAAAUCACCGGCGUGCUAACUCCAGAGCAGCUCAAUGCGUAUGCAUUGCAUGCAGCCAUCACAGAUCUAAGUGAUCGACUGCGAACUAACCAAAUAGUUCUGAAUCGGCGUUCACGUUCGAAUUCGCCCCCGCCAGAGUACAAUUCUUUUGGUAAGAGAAUCAACACAAGGGAGCAGCGUCGUCGUGAGGAGAUGGAAAAAGAGCUUACUGCCCUAGUCGAUCUCGCACUACGGACAAUCCCGCAUUUCAGAGCACCUUCUAACUUUAAACGAUACCAGAAAACGCAAGAAAAAGUAUUCAUGCCGGUUCAUGAAUACCCAAAUAUUAAUUUUGUUGGUUUGUUGCUGGGGCCCCGUGGGAAGACUUUACAGCGAAUGGAAGAGGAAUCUGGUGCCAAAAUUGCCAUCAGAGGUCGUGGUUCAGUUAAGGAAGGUCGAGGACGCAGUAGUACAGGCUCCAUGGAAAGUGAGGAAGAUCUUCAUUGUAUUAUCAAUGCCGAAAGUGAUGAAAGUUUGAAAAAGGGCUUACAGUUGGUACACAACAUUGUGAAUACGGCUAUUUCUAUGCCUGAACAUCACAAUGAGUUAAAACGAGGUCAGCUAAGGGAACUUGCUGUUCUAAACGGCACAUUGCGAGACGACGAGCAUCAAAUCUGCCCCAAUUGUGGGCAAUCUGGCCAUCGUAAAUUCACCUGCCCUCAGCAAACUAGUUUCUUAUCAACAAUUGUUUGUCGCAGAUGCGGCAAGUCUGGUCAUUUUGCUCGCGACUGUACUGAAACCGUUUCGGACGACGCGAAUACGGAGUUUGAGAAUCUCAUUGAGGAACUUCGUGAGACUUCGCAGCUUCCUCAUAAAGCUCCCUUCAAUGCUCGAAAUGAUUCUGUUCUGCCAGAGGCAUCUAAGCCUCUCAAUAGUUUUUCAUCCCAACCACCGGGUGUUCUUGCUUCAACUCCACCUCCGCCUGGGGUAGGACCCCCAGGAGCCAACUCUGUCGUGGGUGUAGCUAGAGCCCCACCACCACCUCCUCCUCCUACGUUCCCUACAAUGGGUUCGCCGGUACCACCUCCUUCAUCUGGUUCAGCCCCUUUGCCGCCUCCACCACCUCCACCUGGAAUUCCUGGUCCACCGGGCCUAGCGAAUAUUCAAAAGCCCCCAGCUCCCCCUCCUCCAGGACUGCAGAGGCCACCUGCGCCUCCUGGGCCGCCAGGACCGCCACCACCUACACAACCAGCACCUCCUGGAAUUUAA